AUGUCGAUGGAUUCAAAAGACGAGGAUAAUUUGGACGAGGCGAUGAAUUCGUUCGUGGUUAUGGUGAAGAGUGGGUACAAGCCUCAUAAUUAUGGAGAAGAAUUGGGUUCCGAGUUUCAGUGUCAUGAAGUAAACAAUGCAUUCAAAACCCACAAAGGGUUUGUGUCCCGAGGCGAUUUUCUUGUUCGUGAAGAAGAAAAGGAUUUCUUUCCCGAGGCAAUUUUCUUCUUCUCGAAGAAGAAAUGUACUUUCUCUGUGACUUCUUUCUCGAGGCGAGUUUACCUUUCUCGAGGCGAUUUUCAUCUUCUCGAAGAAGAAAAGUACGUUCUCUCUGAUUGUUAG